AUGACUGGCAUCAGCCGCACAAAAGUUCAUGAUAGACCUCAAUCAUUCCGGUUCGCAAAACAUCAUCUAUUUGAGCCACUCGUCAAGAAGGCCACCAAGGAUAUUGGUAUUACACAACAUCAGGGCAGCCUCUUAGCAUUGGCCAACGAUGUUGUGGAUAUCACCAAAACCGAGUGCGCAAGCAAACCGAAAAGGAAACACUUGUGUCAGGAUCCGGCCACCCUGAAACAUUUUGGUUCCUGCUUCAAGGACAAUCUGUUACCGGUGGUUAUGGGACACAUUGGUCAAAUUAUGCCGUUGUUUGCUGAAACGCUCUGCAAGGAGUACGAAUAUCUGGUGAAAAAUGAAUUGUGGGACGGCACUAUUCCUCGCUACAUUAAAGAUUACUCCCGGACACGCAAGAAACAAUAA